UAAUCUCACGAAAUAACUCGUUUUUAUUUAUUUUUAUUAAACAUAUUUAAAAAAAUGGAAAAGGAUGAGAAAAACAUGUGAUUUAAAUUGUAUUAAUUGUUCGGUGUAUUUCGAAGCCCCAAAUAGAAGAACAAGAUGAUAUGCUCGGAGAAGGAGAAGAGCAAAUAAAAACCCCAACUCUUCUUUUUUGUCUUCACUCACUUCACUGUAAUCUCAUCACUAAAACAUGGCAACGACGCAAUCACCACCUCCUCCUCCCGUUGCCACCGUCACCGCCACCGAUGUAAACCAAGGUACUGAAUCUAUCCAACCAACAAACAUGGAUCAGCAAACUGCUGUAGAUGAGUCUGUUAAACCCAGUUCAACUACAUCAGUCUUUGUGAACUCAGAACCAUUGCGGGAAGAACAAGUUCAGAAUGCUGUGAAAUUUCUGUCACACCCAAAAGUUAAAGGUUCGCCCGUCAUGUACCGGCGGUCAUUUUUGGAGAAGAAGGGCCUUACAAAAGAGGAGAUUGAUGAAGCCUUUCGGCGUGUGCCUGAUGCGGCUCCGACUGUGCAGACAGAUGGUGGAAAUCAAGAUGGGCGAUUGAAAUCAUCAUCAAAUAUUCAGCAACAGGCCCAACAGCAAACUUUGCAGCCUGUUUUACCUGCUUCUGCUGGUGUUAAUACUUCAUCAGGAACCUUAGCACGAACCAAAUAUCACUGGUCCCAUGCCCUUAUUUUAGUUGGAGUUCUGACUGCUUCAGGUGCUGGAACAGUUUUGAUAAUUAAGAAUUCCCUUCUUCCUCGGUUAAAAUCUUGGAUACGCAAGGUUGUCUUAGACAAAGAUGAUGAACUAUCAAGGGAAACCAACAACAAACCAACUCUGGCUGAAGAAGUUGCUCAAGCUGCAAAAUCAGCAGCAGCUGCAGCUGCAGAUGUGGCAAAAGCAAGCCAAGAUAUGCUGGCUUCAAAGGGUGAAGAAAGGAAAUACUUUGUGGAAGUUGUGAGUCUUUUAGAUAAGCAAAUACAAGAAAUGAAGUUAAUGACAAAUGCAAUAAGAAGAUUGGAAGGGCAAGAAGAUCUCCGAGUCAGUCAAACAAGUUCGAAGCGACUGGUUGCGAAUGGCAAGGCGGACUAUGACUUGCGUCCAGGGAGAUCAUUAUCCCCACCCGCAUCUGUUGAACCAUCAGGUCCUCCUCAUCCAAAAUCAUAUAUGGAGGUAAUAAUGGCCAUGGUCCAAAGAGGGGAGAAGCCUUCUAACAUCAGAGAGAUCAAUGAUUUACCCCCCAACCCAAGUCAACAGCCGUCAGAUCCUCGCAUAUUGCCUAGAUCUAAGCCUUGGGAGAUUGGUCAGGUUCAAAACACCUCUAGCAAAGUGUUUCAGCCUCAAGCAAAUGGUGAGGAAUUGUAUACCAAAGUCCAAGAUACUACUCAAUCAAAUGGGGAUGACCCAUCCCCCUGGUGGCAGAAGAAAAACGUCAGAAUCCGGGAGAUUGAUGAAAAUGUGUCUAAUGGAGCACCUAUUGGCACCACGCCCAGUCAGCAGCCUCUACAACGUGUGUGGGUUCCUCCUCAACCUCCACCAAUAGCUAUGGCAGAGGCCGCAGAAGCAAUCAGACGCCCAAAACAAGCUGUUCAAAAAGAACCGGUGUCAGAUAAUCAGUCAGUAGCUCAAUCUUCAGAUACCUCUAACUCUAAUGGGGUGCAUGAGAUCCCAAAACCAUUGGAAACUGAUGGUGCUGUAGAGGGAAGCAAUGUCAGCUCUGGUGAUAUACAAGUUGUACAAGAAGACCAUGAAACCAAAUACGAAGAGCAAUGAAGGUGAGUCCAUAUCAUAAAAAACAUCAAGUUAGAAAAUAAAGCUUGAAGUGGUCCUAGAUUCUGGAAAAACUUGAUACAAUCUUUGUUUCAUAAACUGACAUCAUUACAAGAUGCAAAUGCAGGUGUCUUUUUCAUGAAAUAUGGUACUAAAGUUUGCACUA